UGCCACCGCCCCCCUGCGCUCCAACAACUUUGUCCUUCUCUCUCCCUCCGCCCGUCUGUGUGAGUCCGGGACACGAAGUGCCCUCUCUUCCCGUCCCGUCCCGCCGACAUGACACCUGUGCUCCAGCUGUGCGCGGUCGUCAUCCUCGCGUCGGCGCUCGCGCCAACUGCGACCUCGGCGCACCUCAAUGACACUAUUUUUGCAGUGACCGUGAGCUCCCAGGUCACGGGAGGUAAACAGGAGACUCUGUGUGCCCACAUCCACGGCCCCACAGAGGCCGUCUCUCUGAAUGUCUCCCUUGACAUGGACUCUGGCAGCACCGUCAUCCUGGAGGAGGAUGUCAAACAGGACUUUUACCGCUGCUUGAACUUCCAGGUCCCCGUGGUGAGCCGCAAAACUGUGGCGAGCAUCAGUGUCACCAUUCAGGGUGAGAGCGCCUCAAUGAGCAAGAAGACCAAAAUUCUCAUCGAGCCUCCUACCUUCAUCCAUAUUAUGCAGACUGAUAAACCUAUCUACAAACCCGGACAGACUGUCCAGUUCCGAAUCGUCUCCAUGGAUACCAAUUUCAUCCCCGUAGAUCGUGUGUACCGAGUGGUGGAGAUCCAGGAUCCCAAUUCAAAUCGCAUUGCCCAGUGGUUGGAUAAGUCCAUUGUUAGCGGCAUCCUUGAUCUUUCCCACCCCAUGAUUCCGGAGGCGGUACAAGGAACAUACAAGAUCAUGGCCUCAACUGACAAAGGAGAGCAAAUAUCCCACCGCUUUGACAUCAAGGAAUAUGUUUUGCCCAAGUAUGAGGUAAAAGUUCACCUGCCCAGUGUCAUUAGCAUCCUGGACCGAGAGGCGGCACUCACGAUUUGUGGAAAAUACACCUAUGGGAAACCAGUCGUUGGUGCAGUUAAGGCAGAGUUUUGUAGAUAUGCUUUGCGAUAUUAUUGGCGAUCAGGUACCCAAAACAAGGAUAUUUGCAAGACUUAUGAGCUUACUACGGAUAAAACUGGUUGUGCUACACAAACUGUAAACGUGGCAGAGUUCGCCCCCUACAAGCAGUCGUACGAUGACAGCUUUGAGGUGAAUGCUGAAAUAGAAGAGUAUGGCACAGGGGUCACUCUUAAAGGCAGUGGACGGACCAGUUUCAGCAGUUACAUCAGAACUGUCACCUUUGAGGACGUAUCUGAAUCGUACAAACCUGGCAUUCCAUUUGAGGGAAAGGUUAAAAUGACUGGUCCAGACAAUAAACCUGUGGCCGACGAGUCCGUGUACCUGGUUGCCACUUCCUCACAAAACAUCACCCUCACUACUGACAAGAAAGGCAUGGCGUUGUUUUCUCUGGACACGUCUCUAUGGGAGGACACUGUGAAUCUGCAGGCAAAGUCUAAAAACACGAACGAAGAAGAACCACACUUGUCCAGGGUGCGUAGUCCAGAGUACAGGUCGGCCCACCACCAGGUUGCAGCAUUUUAUUCCAAGAGCAGUAGCUUUCUGAAGCUCAUGCAGGUCAACAAGAAGAUCUCCUGUGACAAAAAUGCGACUGUGCGGGCCCAGUUCAUCAUCCAGGGGGAGGAGCUGAAGAGUGGACAGGAAGUCCUUGAGUUCUUUUACCUGGUGAUGUCAAGAGGUGGAAUCGUGCAGCAUGGCAGCAUUCCAGUGGCUGUUAAAGUGGGAACUGUCAACACAGGGGAGUUGUACAUAUCACUCCAGCAGGUGACAAACCUGGCGCCAUUUGCUCAGGUGGUCAUUUACACGGUCAUGCCCAGUGGAGAGGCGGUGGCCGACAGCCAGGACUUCCCCAUUCAGCUCUGCCUCAAUAACAAGGUGUCUCUGAAGUUCUCCUCUCUCCAGAGUCUUCCGGCGGAGAAGACCACGCUUAGUCUCAAGGCUCACCCAGGCUCCAUGUGUUCUGUCAGGGCCAUCGACCAGAGCGUCCUCCUGCUUAAACCUGAGGAGGAACUCACUGUCGGCUCUGUGUACAGUCGACUGCCUUUACAGAAGAUGUCAGGAUACACGUAUGAGGUUGAAGACUUUGAGCCAUAUCCCUGCAUGAACUUGAUGCUCGCGGCACCUCGACGAGCGACGCGAUCGAUCUACCAUGGAUCUGAUCAGAAGAAUGAUGUCUACAGCAUCUUUAAAGAAAUUGGAAUCAAAAUUGUGACGAACUCCGAUGUGAAAAAACCUAUUGACUGCAGCAGCAGAUAUGAUGUAUAUUAUGAUGACAUGGAUGUCCUAGACUCUCCUUUUCCCUUGGCCUUCAACAUGAUGCCAGAGAAAUCAGGUGAUGUGCUGAAGUAUAAAGAGGAGGACAAGAAGGAAACCGUCAGGACAUUCUUCCCUGAAACCUGGAUCUGGGACCUAGUUACUGUUGGAGAGAGUGGGUCAGUGAAUGUGGAGAAGACCGUCCCAGACACCAUCACCAAGUGGGCAGCUGGCGCUUUCUGCACCUCCUCUGUCGGCUUCGGUGUGUCGCCCAACAUUGGACUGACCGCCUUCCAGCCAUUCUUCGUCAGUCUCACCUUGCCCUACUCUGUCAUCAGAGGGGAGGUCUUCACACUCAAAGCCACUGUCUUCAACUAUCUCUCCAAAUGCAUUAUGGUGAAUGUAAUAUUGGCUGAAUCGAACCAGUACACCUUCAGAAACUGUGAAGGAUGCCAGUACAACGUGUGCCUGUGUGGUGAGGAGAGCAGGACCUUCUCAUGGAUCGUUACUCCAACUGCCCUCGGUGAGGUGAACCUGAAGGUCAGCGCCGAGGCUCUGAAGACUGAUGCAUUAUGUGGCAACGAGGUCGCCACUGUCCCCGACGCGGGCCAAAUAGACACAGUGAUCCGCACCCUGCUGGUGGAGGCCGAAGGAACACCACAGAUGGUCGGUCACAACGCUCUCCUCUGCCCUGCAGAGGGACCAGUGGAGAAGAAAAUCUCUCUCCUGCUGCCUGAGGUGUUUGUGGCUGGAUCAGCCCGGGCCUCUGUCUCUGUUCUGGGUGACCUGAUGGGCCGGGCCAUGAAGAACCUGGACAAGCUGCUGGCCAUGCCGUACGGCUGUGGGGAGCAGAACAUGGUGCUGUUCGCCCCAAACAUCUUCAUCCUCAACUACCUGCAAAGCACUGGUCAGCUGACCCAGGAGAUCCAGGACAAGGCGACACGCUUCCUGGAGAGUGGAUAUCAGAGAGAGCUCACCUACAAGCAUGAUGACGGCUCCUACAGUGCCUUCGGGAAGAGUGAUGAGUCUGGAAACACCUGGCUGACCUCUUUUGUGAUGAAGUCCUUUGGUGGGGCGAGGCCGUACAUUUUUGUGGAUCCCCGUCACAUUUCUGAUGCAAGGAGAUGGCUGGCAGAACACCAGCAACCCGAUGGCUGCAUCCGAUCUGUGGGAAAGCUCUUCCACAACGGCAUGAAGGGAGGAGUGAGCGACGACGUGUCCCUGACCGCUUACAUCACCGCCGCCAUGCUCGAGCUGGAUGCCAACGUCACAGACCCCGUAGUGCAGAAGUGUCUGAGCUGUCUGAAGGGAGCGGCGACCGGCCAGCUGGACAAUCUGUACACCACCGCCCUGCUUUCGUACACCUUCACUCUGGCUAGAGACGAGGAGAUGAGGAGCAAACUCAUCACAUACCUGCACCAGAAGUCCAGCACACAGGGGGGCACCCGGCACUGGGACCGAGCGGGGGCCUCUGAGAAAGGUCUGGACUCUCUGGAGGUGGAGAUGACCGCCUACGUGCUGCUGGCUUUGCUCUCGGGUCCCAUCAUGCCAGACUUUGGUCUGGACUACUCCUCCGGCAUCGUCCGCUGGCUCGCCCAGCAGCAGAACCCAUAUGGCGGCUUCUCCUCCACACAGGACACGGUGGUGGCCCUCCAGGCACUGGCGAAGUACGGAGCUGCCACCUACAGCGCCGAGGGCAGCACCAUCGUGACGGUGACGUCGUUGGGAGGCCUGAACAAAGGGUUCACGGUGGAUCAGAGCAACCGGCUGCUGUACCAGGAGGAGAAGCUGGAGGACGUCCCCGGGGAGUACACCAUCCUGGCCCAGGGUCGGAGCUGUGUGCUGGCACAGAUCUCCAUGCACUACAACAUCCCCCCUCCACCUGACUUCUCCGCCUUCAACGUCUCAAGCAGCACCAUGGCCAAGUGUAACACCAGCAGGCCUCAACUCAUCCUCUUUGUGCAUGUCAGGUACCAGGGCAGGAGGGAGGAAACCAACAUGGUGAUCGUCAACAUCAAACUGCUGUCUGGCUACGUCCUGGAUAAGAGCUCCCUGGAUCUGCUGAAGCGCGACCGCUCAGUGAAGCGUGUGGACGUGGAGGAAGGACACAUCCACAUCUACUUAGACGGGCUGAAGAAGGACGAGACAAAGAUCUACAGUGUGACACUGGAGGAGGAUGUGCCCGUCAGGAACCUGAAGCCAGCGGUUGUGAAAGUCUACGACUACUACCAGACGAGUGAUGAGGCCGUUACUGACUACACUUCCCCCUGUGCAGAGAGUGACAGCGCGAACCAGCUGUAAACAUCCAUCUGGAAAUCCUGCAAAGUCCUUCAGAAUGAAGUUUGUAGAUGUUAGUUUUUCCUCCUUUUAAACAUUUUUAGCUUUUUUAAUGUGGGAAUACAACUUAUAGUGUAAUUUUAGGAACAAAUUUUAAAUCUUUUUGUUUUGUUCUACUUCCUGGUACACAGUAGUCUUGUUAUUAAAGGACCAAUAAUAAGUCAACUCAGUAGUUACUGAAGUAACCAUCUCUCUCCUGAACACUGGAACCUUCACAUUAUAACACACUGAAGUCAAGAAAAGCAGACAAUCCUCUGUAACAGCUUAGUUUUUAAUAGAUUUGACAAAAUCCAUAUUAUUCAUACCUGAAAGUGACGCAUGAGACGUACAGGGUACCAAUAACACAGUAUGGUCCGAGUAGUGUGUGUGUGUGUGUGUGUGUAUGAAACAGGAACUACUUUCUAGAAAAAAAAACAGUACAGUCACGUGAGUGCUAGGUGAGUUAUUCUGUUUUCUGCUGUACCAGUAAUAAAAAAGGUAGAUUGAUACAUCACUACCAUACAAUUGAAAAUGUAACUGACAAUAAAAUAUCUAAAAUGACAAAAA